AUGGGAAAUUCACAGACCAAGGAGGCGCGCCCGCCCUUAUCGUCAUCAUAUAGAAACAGAUCGUUGUCCGAUCAGGGUCGCUCGCCAUAUCAUGGUUCUCGGUCGCACCGCUCCAGUCGACCGGACCUCUCAUUCCUCGGCCUCGGCGGUGGGUCGGCUGAGCGUGAUGCUGUUGCCCACGAGCAGCGUCGCGAAACAAGACAAGAUCGCGAGGCACGACGCCAGGAAAGGGAAAGAGUCGCCCGUCUGCGAGAGAGGGAGAGGAGUAUGAAAGAAGAACAUGUUGAUGGGGGAUUCCUGGUCACUCAGGGUGUCUACGUUGGUGCGGAGGACUUUAACAAAGCUGUAGUCCGUCAGCUCAUGAUCGAAAGACGACUAGCACCGUUUUGGCGAGGACUAAAUGACUUUUCGGAAUCAUGGACCGAGCAUCAACUCAUGGCAGCAGCCCGGGGACUGCCUAUUCCUCCACCGGACCAGAUCCCGCCUGAAUUGGAGUAUACAGUACCUUCAGAAAAUACGGCGGAUGCCAGCCAGUCUUCUGAGAAGAACACACAGUUUUUGGCUGUUCCCACAUCCGCAAGACCGUCAUCUGCACAUUCAGAGGUAGCAGCUCUACCUACGCUGAGUCCCGCGCAAUCUUUACCGUCAUCUCCUCCCCCAAUUGCAUCCGGCACGUCUACCUCGCCUCUUUUCCGCAGCAGAGCAAAGACUUUAGCUGCCCUAACACAUUCAAACAAGAACAGCCCAGUCUCGGAGCCAGUUCCGCGAGAAUUUAUGAUACCGCAUGACCCCUUUGUCAAUGGGCAGCCCAUCGAGGCCUAUCUCUACAAAGAUGCUAGUGAAUGCCCUAUUUGUUUUCUCUAUUAUCCACCUUACCUCAAUCACACUCGGUGCUGUGACCAACCAAUCUGCUCAGAAUGUUUUGUGCAGAUCAAGCGACCAGACCCGCACCCACCAGAACAUGGUGAAUCACAGGGCCAAAAUGCUGACAGGGAAAGUGGCCCCAGUGCCAGCGAAGAACGCGACGGAACGGAGCAAGAGUCACAGCUCGUGUCUGAGCCCUCUGCUUGCCCAUUCUGCGUGCAACCGGAAUUUGGUGUCACCUAUGCUCCACCGCAAUUCCGGCGAGGGUUGGUAUAUGCAGCUCCCAACGGCCUUGCUUCGGGUUUAGCUGCCUCUCCAGUGUCUUCCAGCUCUUCGCUUGGCUCAAUGGCAUCUCCUGCACCGCCCACUGGACGCCGCAGAGCCACGUCACUUUCAGCUAGUGAUCCAAGCGUCAUUACUACUGAUAAAGUCCGUCCUGAUUGGGCCCAGAAAUUGGCCAAUGCGAGAGCGCAUGCUGCUCGUCGGUCAGCGGCAGCUACUGCCUUGCAUACAGCUGCCUAUCUAAUGAAUUCCUCGGGUUCUGAAAUUCGAGGUUUUGGACGCCGCGGAGUCCUGCGACGAGCUGCUGGCGGUGGUAGCUCCGGCACACAAACCCCGGCGAACCGACCUCAGGGCGGCCCUUCGCCAGCUCUUCAUGCACUUGCGUUUUUGUCGGAACGCAGAGUUGUCGGUGAACAUGCCAACGAAUCCAGCACAUUGGCUCCUCCACGUGAGAGCUCUAGACGCAGUCGAAUUGAUGACCUAGAAGAAAUGAUGAUGAUGGAGGCUAUCAGGAUGAGUUUGGCGAGCGAGGAAGAACGGCGGCGGAAGGAAGAAAAAGAAAUGCGAAAAGAAGCCAAGAAGAAAGAGAAGGAAGCAAAGAAAGCCGAAAAGUCGAUGCGAAAAAAUGCCUCUUACAGCAACAGUCAGGCGAGUCUAGCUGUUCUGAGUAGUGGUACUCCUAGUCGGGUGGAUAGCAGCUCUUCAUCGGUUAUUGGGGAGGAUCAAACGAACUCGGACAGUAAAGGAAAGAAGGUUGAUCGCGUGUCAUCGAUUCUUCCUACUGUGACUAGAACAGAAGCAACAGAUGCCGGCGAGCCCAGCACGACUUCUCAGAAACCCGCUGCCAAUCGUACUGAUUUGGACUCGCUUCCACAGGCUUCACCCACAGAGCAACCGCGGCCUUCACACCUGCGGCACGUAUCAAGUGCAUCGUCGACAUCGUCUUCAUUCGCGGAGAAUGGGACGGGCGAUCACUCAGAUCCUACCGCAUCAUCCUCUAAUGCAGCUGCAGAGCCAAUGUUCAACUUCCGAAGUCUCACUGCCGUUAUUGGCGAUGAGGAAAAAUCACAGAAUGCAGAGCACGCAGAACAUGCAGAACACGUCGAGGAUGCGGGUCAACAACAGUUCUCAGCAACAGCAACAGACAAUGCUACGAAAGCACAGACUCAAUCUCCCAAAACAGAGAACAGUACGGCACCGAUAGAGAGUACGUCUCCGCAGGAACAUGAACAUGAACAUGAACAUGAACAUGGGCAUGUCUCGAGCAUGGCUCCUAAGGAACUUAAUGCUCAUUCAGUAGAAGUUUCUCGCGAGACCACCGUUUGA